CCCUCCCUUUUGGUUGUUAGCUCUUUGUGUGAGUAGAAGGUGGUUACCAGGCCAGUGAUGUGUAGAAGUGAAAGAAUGCGCGGUACAGUGGCCAGACGGGAGACGCGACCAGCCAGGACAUGAAAUGCUGCGUUAAAACAACUUUCAUCACCGUCAAUCUGAUCUUUAUGUUAGCGGGAGCGGGGGCGAUCGGGGCGGGAACAUGGGUGAUGGUGACGUCACCAGAGCAGUUUGACUUUCUGCAGUAUCUUAACACCAACCCGGUGGUGAUUUACGGUAUAGUGAUGCUGGGGUUCCUCAUGUUUCUUGUGGGUUUGAAUGGGUGCGUUGGGGGUUGCAGGGAAAGCGCAUGCGUACUAGAUUUGUACCAAGGUAUCGUCAUCUUUCUACUCCUGGGUGAAAUUUCUCUCAUCGUCGUCAUCAUUCUUCAGAGAAACGAGUUGGAGCUGUUCACAGGUCAGUUGUGGGAUGCGUUGAAUGACGAGACGAAAUAUUUCUUCCAAAAACAAUUUGAGUGCUGCGGUUUCCAGAACGUGACAGACUAUGCGCUCCCUGUCGCAGAUUUGCACCAAAGUUGCUUCUCCAUCAACAAUACCGUCCCCGCCUCUCUAUACGCGAGAGGUUGUUUCACGGGAGUGGAGACCUGGGCCCAGGACAACAUGGAUGUGCUGAUCGGGAUAGGCGGGGGGCUGUCGGGAGCCAUCGCGCUGCAGAUCUUCCAGUCCAUGAUGGCGUGCUGCCUGCGGUACUUCAUCGGGAAGCAGCGGCGGGUGGUGGCUGUGCCCCCGCUGCCCAAGAAGAGCGAGCGCGCCAUCCAGACGGACACCAAGAAGGACGCGCAGUCGGGACCAGAGGCCAAGCUGGACAUCGACACAAAGCCACAGAUGAGAAAUAUGGUAAGAGGUAGAAAAGCCGGUCCCAUAUCUGACGAGAGGUUCCAGUGGAAUGAGUACUCCACACGGCUGGAGAAGUACCGAGACAGGCGCGACCAGUGGUGGCAGGACGAGCCGGGGGAUAGCUACAGUGUCGGCGUCAUCAACAUUGCUGCUCCGAGCCGUGAAAGCGGCGUUGGCUCUAGCGUUGGGACUGCUAACAGUGUAGAAGCUGGAGUGGGGACUGAUGAAGGUGUAGAAACAAGCGAUGGGGCUUCUAGUGGUAUAGCAUCGGGCUAGUGUUAGCCUCAACAAAGCCGCCUUGAGUAAUGAAUCGGCAUUGGCGCUGGUUUUGGGAUUGUAUCGAAGCUACCGUUGGGACUUCCAAAGGUUUGGCCAUUAGCUUUGAGAAUUCUGAGGAUGGGCCAUUUUUUUUUCAAUAGGUGUAUUAACACAAAAGGUGUAGUCUCCGAGUAGUAUGACUGCGAUUCUAGCGCCUCUGCGUUAGGAUUUUUUAACAGGAAAAGCUUGAUCAGUGAUUGAAAGUUGUGUAAUCUUGAAUAUAGGUCAGAAGUCCUCUUAAGUCAGAAGCGAGAGGGUUAGCUUUAGGACUCCCGUCCGACUAUUGAAAGUAUCAUAGUAUGGUGGUUGUAAAACAUGCAAGGUCCCUCCUGUCACAACCAGUUAUAUAGAGAUUUUGCGGAACUAGUUUUUGCGAACGUUAUACGCGAUGCUUAAUAUCAUACGAAGAUAAUCAUAACUCGUGUGGUAAACUUGUAUACAAAUUUGUCUGUCAUAUUUAGUUAAAUGGUGGUCAGAUAUUUCGUAGAAAGGUGCAACAAACGAUUGUGUAUUAUUGUAUAUAUCUGUGUACAUUUUACAAUAGUUUCUAAUAAGGGCUAUUUCACACAAUGUUGGGAAAUGAAGGUAAUUGUGAUAAGUAUACAAAUCUAACUGUUUUAGGACGUCAACAAUCUUUUUCUACAACCUCUAUUUCUAAAAUAAAAAAAGGCAUUUU